GUUGAACUUUGUUGUUGUUUAUUUACAAACAAAAUUCAUCAUGUUUCGAGAGAAAGAUCGAGUGUAAAAUAGAGCAAAAAUGCUUUAGAAUAUUGUGACUAAACAUGGAUGAUUAUGGAGAGGACGGUUGGGAAGAAGAGCCUCCAAGAAGUCCACAAAUAGUUCCCCAGUUGGAAGAAAAGGAUGAUGAGCUUGUCCUGCAAGAUUGUCUUGAACCUUUCAAAAAUAAAGAUUACGUCAUGGAACCAGAGAUAUUUACAAGUAUAAAAAGAUUUUUCCAAGCUGGUGGUGAAACAGAAUCCCUGAUUGAUCUUCUUGCUGAUAAUUACAUUGGAACAGCUCAGUCAGCAAACCUGCUGGCAAACUGGCUUAUCUUUACAGGAGCUGAUGUUCAUGAUGUUGAACAAAUUGUUGAAGACCAUCUCAAAACAUUGAUUGUUCAAAAUUUUGAUGUCAAGAAAGCUGACUCAAUAUUUACAGAGGAAGGAGGAACCCCUCCAUGGUUAGAGCAGAUGAUUCAGCACCCUACGUGGAGAUCAAUGAUUUAUAAAUUGGCUGAACAGUAUCCAGAUUGUCUGAUGCUUAAUUUUACUAUCAAGUUGAUCUCAGACGUCGGCUAUCAAGAUGAAAUAGCCAGAGUUUCAUCAGCUUGCCAUCAAAUUGAUGUAUUCUCACGAGUUUUGAAGACAUCUAUUGGGACCUUCCUGGAUGAUGGAACAGAUUUCAUGCAAAAACGAUUAGAAGAAUUUACAAAAAUGGUAUCACAUGGUUAUCACACAUUUCUUUACACUCAAUGUGUACUUCAUUUACUCUCACAAAGCAGCGAAGGUGGGACUGGAACCCGUAGAUUGGGACAAGAAAUUUGUGUUGGCGCACAAAAAGUGGGGCAUGAUGUCGUUCAAAUCUUACUGGCUCUAAACGGUUCAUCGAAAUACCCCAGAGCAAAUUCAGCUCUUUCUUCAAUACUGACUCGCAACGCUUUAAAUCCUGGUGAUAUUACUGUGCUUUACAAACUAUAUUCCAGUCAAGACCCUCCGCCUAUUGAACUCAUUCGACUGUCCCAGUUCAUGGAUUUGCUGUUAAAUUCCUUAUUCAAGCCAGGUUAUACACCUCACCAAGAUCAUAAACACAAAUACGUAUUCCUCUUGGCUUAUGCAACAAGUGUUCACGAAAUAUGGGGAGAGAGUUCCAGAGAAUCUUUGAAUAAAGAUGAUUUAAAAUCGACAAGACAAGCUGUAGAAAGAGUUCAUUCAGUUUGCUCACGAGAAAUAGCAGUAGCCUCACAAGCUUCAUCUGAGAUCACCAUGUUAUAUCAAUGUGCCAGGUUCCCAGUGGUAGCAAUGGGAAUACUGAAAUGGGUCGACUACACUUUGUCCGAACCAAGUUUUUUCAAACUGAUGACAGACUCGACUCCACUACAUCUGGCAUUGUUAGAUGAGAUAAGCACCUGCCAUCCAUUGCAACAUUCACAAGUCUUGUCAUUAUUAAUAAGAAUAUUUGAAUCACCGACACACUUAGACACCUUGGUCGAGCUUGGCUUUAAAAAGACAAUUUUAGAUCGUAUGGUUCACUUGGUCAGUCGAGGAUACGUUGUGGCCGUUGUUAGUUAUAUAAGAAAAUGUUUGGAUACUCAAAAAGUGGACAAUUCCUUGAUAAGGCAUUUCGUCACUGAGGUGCUCGAUAUAAUCGCUCCGCCAUAUUCUGACGAGUUUGUGGAUCUGUUUUUACCCGUUGUUCAAAAUGAAGAGAUCACGGGUUCGUUGAGAAAUGCCGAGAAGAGUGAUGAUGUCUCGAUAUUUAUAGAUCACUGUAGUCAACAUCAUAACUAGCCGUAGCUGUCUUGGCGUUCUGAAAAUCAAGAGUCAAAUUGACCAGAGACUAUUACAU